AUGAGCCUUGAGGAGCUUGAGAUGAUGGAUCAAAGCAAUCCUGAGGAGUUUUUGGGAAUGGUAAAGGAGAAGAUCAGGAUGCUUGAUUCUGAGACAAGAAUUCUACAAAGCAGGAUAAGCACGAUUAAACACGACAUAUCGACGAAGAAUGUUGCGAUUGCAGAGAAUAUGGAGAGGAUUCGACUGAACAAGCAGUUACCUUAUCUUGUUGGGAAUGUUGUUGAGGUAUUUGAUGAACAAAGUGGGGUUGUAAAUGCAUCUACCAGGAUGUCGUCGUACCUGCCGUUGAUGGGACUUGUUGCGAACGAAGAGCUUCAUCCAGGAGAUCUUGUAUCACUACACAAGGACACGAACAUAGUGUUUGAGAAGCUUCCGGCAGAUUAUGAUGUGAAGGUAAAGGCUAUGGAGCUUGAUGGCAAGCCUGACGAGACAUAUGAGGAUAUUGGAGGACUUGAGAGGCAAAUAGAGGAGCUGAACGAGGCAAUUGUGCUUCCACUUACACAUCCUGAAAGGUUUGAGAAGCUGAAUAUCCGACCGCCGAAGGGUGUUUUGAUGUAUGGGCCGCCAGGAACAGGAAAGACACUUAUGGCGCGUGCAUGUGCAAGCAAGACAAAUGCGACGUUUCUUAAACUGGCUGGACCACAGCUGGUGCAGAUGUACAUUGGAGAUGGAGCAAGGCUUGUAAGAGAUGCAUUUGCACUUGCAAAGGAGAAGAAACCCACGAUUAUUUUUAUCGAUGAGAUUGAUGCAAUAGGAGCAAAGCGAUCGGACUCUGAUCAUACUGGAGAUAGGGAAGUGCAAAGAACGAUGUUGGAGCUUCUUAAUCAACUGGAUGGAUUCUCGUCUGUUGAUGAGGUGAAGAUAAUUGCAGCAACUAACAGAGUUGAUAUUCUUGAUCCAGCAUUGCUGAGGAGUGGGAGACUGGAUAGAAAGAUAGAAUUUCCAUUACCAAACACUGCAGGAAGGAAGAGAAUUCUGCAGAUCCAUGCAAGGAAGAUGAGCACCAGAGAAGAUGUGAAUUUUGAUGAGCUAGCAAGAAGCACAGAGGGAUUCAACGGUGCGCAGUGUAAGGCUGUAUGUGUGGAGGCAGGAAUGUCAGCACUAAGGAAAAACAAAGCAAGUAUUUCGCAGAAUGACUUUAUGGAUGGGAUUCAGGAGGUUCUUUGCAGGAAGAAGUCCAAACUGCAGUAUUUCACAUAA